CAAAACUGCUCAAGAUUCAUCGCAGAUGCCACCAACCUUCGACGCCGUGCUGACCACGCCCGACCUUGUACGAUGUGUCACUGCGUUUCAACAUGGCGAAUUCCACGACAUGCAGCCCUUUCGCCAUCUCAAGAAACCAUCGCAUCCGUCGUCGUUCGUGACUAAACCGUCGAGAUCGAUCGAGAUGUACCAUGUUCUCCUCUCGCCGUGGCUCCAUGAAUACGGCACGAAGCGACUUGCACUUCUAUUUCAGUAUCACCCACAUAUGCAGGACAUCGUGGUGCUUCACGCCGUCAUCUUUGGGCACCUACCGUCCCUCGAGUACAUGACCAAGCACUAUGCGGAGCUCGUGUGGACGUUCCCAGAGCCGCUGCUCGACGUUGCCGCGUCCCACAACCAACUGCACAUUCUACAGUUCCUCCAUGACACGGACCAUCCUGGCUGCACUGUCGGGGCUAUGAACUGGGCCGCGAAUCGUGGACAUUUGGGGAUAGUGACAUUUUUACACGCCCAUCGAAGCGAGGGCGGCACAACCAAGGCCAUGGACAUGGCCGCGAUGAACGGGCAUCUCGAUGUUGUGAAGUUUUUGCAUUGCCAUCGGAAAGAAGGAUGUUCGACCGACGCCAUGACGGAGGCGGCGUGGAAUGGACAUUUGAGCGUCGUGAAAUAUCUUCACGCCCACCGCACUGAAGGCUGCUCACGGUGGACGAUGGAUCGCGCGGCGUGGAAUGGACAUUUGGAAGUUGUGAAGUUUCUGCACACCGAGCGACGUGAAGCGUGGACGUCUCAAGCCAUGGACAUGGCGGCUUGGAAUGGCCAUCUCAAAGUGAUUCAGUACCUCCAUGCGAUCCCAGCAAGCGCCGGAUGCACUCCCAAUGCCCUCCAUUUCGCCGCCAUGAACGGACAUUUGGAGGUUGUGAAGUUCAUAACCGACACGCGAAUUGAAGGCGACUUACACAUGGCGAUUGCCACCGCCACGCAGAUGGGUCAAUCCGACAUAGUCAAGUAUUUAGAAUCAAAGCAACGACGCCGCUUUAAGGUGUAACGAAAACCUUAUUGAAUUCUUGAGUACUAACAUAUACUAGUGUGUAUUUU